CUCAAAUAACUAAAAUCUCCUUGUUGCAGAAGAAACCACUAUUUGCCUUUUGCCUUAUUUUCGUUAUGGGACUUGAGUUCAAAGUCUUCUACAGCAAGCGCCCCGGUGUAAAUCGAUCCACACCCCCAGGCCAAGACCAUUUAAAAUGGGUACCGACAACUUCAACCUUGAUCUACGGCGAGAGGGAUGCGGUUUUGGUUGAUUCACAGCUGACAGUCGAGGCUGCCGAAGCUCUCGCGGAAUGGGUGGCUGCCACCGGUAAAGUCCUGACUGCGAUCUACAUCACCCAUGGGCAUGGAGACCACUUUUUUGGAAAUUCGAUAUUGCUGGAGCGCUUUCCGCAUGCGAAAAUCGUGGCAAGGCCAGAGGUCAUAUCACGAAUGGAGGCCGAGUCAGCUCCCUCCCGAGUGGAAGGCUUUUGGAACCAGCUGUUUCCCGCGCAGAUACCAAAGAAUUUUGUCCCUGCGGACGCUACGACAAAUGAUCAGAUUGACCUGGAGGGCGAGAAACUGAUUGUUGUACCAGUGGGGCAUACUGAUUGUGACAACUCCACUGUUCUCUGGGUGCCGUCCAUUGGACUGGUGGUGGCUGGUGAUGCGGUCUACAACAACACCCAUCCAUAUAUGGGAGAGUCGGGAACAGAGGCGGCACGUCUGGCAUGGAUCGCAGCCCUUGACAAGAUUGCCGCACUUGGCGCGAAAGCCGUCGUUGGUGGCCACAGCGAUCCCGAGGCUGGCUUUGCGCCAUCCGCUGUCGCCGAUACCAGACAAUACCUGGUGAACUUUGAACGGACCAUAGGGCAGUGUGAUACGGCGAAGGAGAUAUACUAUGAAAUGCUGAAGCUUUAUCCACAAAGGCUGAACCCAGGCUCGUUGUGGACUGGUGCGAUGCAAGCUAAACCAAGGCCUGAGGUGGAUUAG